CUACGUGACUUGGGACACAUCCAGCCCUUGGGCGUUAACGGGGUAUAAAAGAGGAAAUUGCCUUUGAUGAACUCUAAUGCGGAUCCAGGCGGACAGGUCUGCACCUGCUGCUCACCAUGGGGAAUAUGGGGAUCUUCCAGCUCAUGAUGAAGAAGAAAGAACUUAUUCCUCUGAUUGCAUUUGUCUCCCUUGCCGGAUUGGGAGCAACGCUGGCAAGCCUUAAUGCCAUGAGAAAAAGCGAUGUGAUAUUUAACAAGACUGGCAACCCAGAACCAUGGGAACACGUGAAUCCAAGCCAACCCCAAAAGCUGAUAACAAUCAACCAGGAAUGGAAGCCCAUAGAAGAGCUGGAGAAAGUCAAAAAAAUGAUGAAGUGAUGGGUGCCUGCCUCUUCACAUGACACUCUAUGAAUCUAGUGGAAUCACUUCCGCACAAACUAGAUGAUUGAAACCAGUGUGCGGAAAUGCUUCUGCUACAUUUUUAGGGUCUCCCUCCAGUUUUUUGGACUUUGGACGUUACGGUUUGUUUUUCAGAAAUCUUCCUGCACACAUCCCCAAAGUCCAAAAAUAACCGGGUUUGAUUGCACUUAGAAUGGCCUCGUUUGCCUUGAAGAAAAGUAUUCAGCGUUCUCUGCAUUCUUGCAGCAUAUAAUGGCCUUUAUCGAUUUGUGAGCCUUAAAAGAGUUGAACUAUUUUUGUCUGAAGUUAUCGUGCAGCUUUAUGUUUUCAAUAAAGUUGUUUAAAACUGAAA